AAUUCUUACAUUUCACAAGAACUGGAAAAGAACAUUCGAAAGCUACAUGCCAUCACCAAGAAUGCAGUCACAGAUGGAAGAUACAUUGUUUUUGGAGCUGGCUCAACCCAACUCCUCAACGCUGCAGUUUACGCCCUUUCCAUGAAUAUGUCCUCACCUGCCAAAGUCGUUGCAGAAAAGCCUUUCUAUCCGGUUUAUAAAGAACAAACAGAAUUCUUCAAAGCAAAGCUGUUUGAGUUUCAUGGAGAUGCAUCCUUAUUGAGAAACGGUACUUCAAAUACUAUUGAAAAUGUGAUUGAGUUUGUAGCUUCGCCAAAUAAUCCAGACGGCAACUUAAAGAAAGCUGUCUUAGAAGGCCCUUCUGUGAAAACUAUUCAUGACUAUGCUUAUUAUUGGCCGCAUUACACCGCAAUUCCAGCCCCAGCCGAUGAAGACCUAAUGAUUUUUACAAUGUCCAAGUUAACUGGCCAUGCUGGGAGUAGAUUCGGAUGGGCUAUAGUGAAAGACAAGGAUGUAUACGAAAACAUGCUGAAAUAUAAGUCAUUGGCUGAUUCCGGCACAUCAAAGGACACUCAACUAAGAGCAUUAAAGCUCAUCAAGGUAGUUCUUGAAGAUGGUGGCCAAGGAAUUUUCAACUUCGCAUACAAAACAAUGAGAGGUCGAUGGACAAAACUAAACCACGUCUUGUCGUUGUCAAAGCGUUUCAAACUCCAAGAAAUCCCACCUUCGUUCUGCAAAUAUUCCCAAACAGUGAGAGGAGCAUCUCCAGCUUUCGCAUGGCUGAAAUGCGCCAAGGAAGAAGAUUCAAAUUGCCACAAAGUACUCCAUCAUGAAGCAAACAUCCUAGGCCGCGAGGGUGGCUCAUUUAAUGCAGAGGAUCGUUAUGUCCGUCUUAGCCUUGUGAAGAGUGCUGAUGACUUUAACUUACUAUUGGAUCGUCUGAAAGAGCUAGUAUCCAUGGAAGAGCAG